AUGUCGCUAUUCUCACCCUCCGCCAGCCCUAUAUCUUCAACUAAGAGAUUACCCCGGAAUACACACACCUACACAAAGUCUGCAACUACUGCGGCUACCAAUAAUCGCUCACGAAGGGUAUAUGGCAAGCGGGAGGUAGAUGCGCCCCGUGCGGUUCUCGAGCGGGAGCAUAAUAAUGUCCCGAGUAAAGCUCCCGUUAUAGCAAAUGAAAGGCAGGAAGUUGAGGUUGAGAAUAUGAUUACAGCUCUAGGAAAGGGUUUAUCUGCGCUUCAAUUGGACGUUAAUGAGCGGACGGUUGAUGUGGACAGGGACGAGGAGGAUGUUUCUACAACUGCACAAUCAGAUGUGCCGGGGGAAAAUGAAGCUCAAGGGCGCGAACAGCCUAUGGUCGAGAUCCGCAUAUCUGUUUACAAUGGUGUCCAACGAGAGGCCGUCACACAUGAACGAGAUACCAACGUCUCCAAAUCCCUAGAAACCGUCAAAUCUAAGCGAAGACCACGACGCUCGUCCGGCUGGAUCGAAGACCUAAAACUAAACAGCUACGUACGCCCCAUCCUCAAAGAAGCAACGUCCCCCAUAUCCUCGCGCGGAGUCCAGAGCUUCGCAAGCUGGGCUCGACGGGCGGGUGAUAUGUUUACUGUCGAGAAGAUCGCAGAGGCUACGGCUCAGCAAAAGAUAUUUCCAAAUGCAUCUCUCCAAGUCACGACUGGCCCGCCUAAAGUCUACAAGGAUGGGGUAUUCAAAUCAUCCCCUCCGGCACAGCGGUGGCGUCGCUCCCAAGAAAUCACCACCGUCCAGGAAAUCGUGUCCGAGGUGCAACUCCUGAAAGCUGCUCGAUUCCAUCCCGGCUUUGCGAGGUUUCCGGGAGGUGCAUGUCGUCCAGGGACGGUUCCCGGAUACGUACCAACAGGCGUGCGCACGCAGUAUAAACAGACGAAUGCGAGCGAGUGUUUUAACCCGGACCCCAGUAAGGCAAAGUCGUACCCAGAUACGCAGCUGUGGGCGGUUUUAGAAAUGGAUAAUGCGGGCUGCGAGUUGGAGAAGUUUCCGUGGUCGUCGAUUUUUCAGGUUUAUGAUAUCUUUUGGGGGGUUGCGUUGGCCCUUGCGCGGGCGGAACAGUUUGCGGCGUUUGAGCACCGCGACCUUCACCUUGGGAAUAUUUGCAUCAAGCCUACGAAGAAGGCUGGUAACAUGUCGAUGGGCUCAUCGACAUCAGCCUUAGAAGGGUUGGGACGAGGUGGUAGGACAACGGGGUUUGGUCUAAGUGGACUUGAAACGACUAUAAUUGAUUAUUCGCUUUCGAGAGCAGAGUUACAAGCACUCAAUACGCCCGAUGGGGAUGUGGAGGCGGAGGCAGAGGCCGAGGCGGGGAGCGAAAAUCCAACGGUAGAGAUUGCCUGGUCGGAUCUUGACAAGAGGCAAAUAUUUGGCGCAAUUGGGCAAGACGCGGAUGAGAAAUUGCUGAGGGAUACAUAUCGAUUUAUGCGAUCCGAGGUAUAUCAUCAAGAGAACCUCCUCUGCCCCACACAACCUCCUUCCAAACCCCGGCAGUGGAAGCACUACAACCCCAGAACCAAUCUGAUCUGGCUUUCAUUCCUGCUGCAGAUGCUCCUGAAGAAAUUGGAGCCGCCCUGUCCGAACCAGGGACAGACAGCGGAGCCACUGCAACUACAACUGCAACUGCAACAAAAACAGCUGCAGCGGGCACCACUUACGCCCCGUCCCGCGAAUCAUAAGUUACAUAGCAAUACCGUCCACCAUGGAGAUGAUGAUUCGCCAUUCAGAUCACGAAAGAAAAAGACCGCCCAAGUUAAAAGGGGUGGUGGUGGCGGAACUGAAGAGGGUGGGAAGCAGUUGGAUGCUGUUCUAAUAAACAAACAACAUGUUGGUCAACUGCAGCAGCAACAAUUAUUGAAAGAGGAAUUGACAAUGCGCCUUCAGACGACGGCGGAUAUGUUGAGUGUUGAGAGUGGGAUUGGUGAUUUGUAUUGUGCGGGGGAUCUUGUGGCUUUUGCCCUUGGGUCUGGAUGGUUGGAUGAGGGGGAUUUUUUGUGUUGAGGCUGUGGGGUUGGG